GCAUUCGCAUUCGCAUUCGCAUUGUGGCUAAGAUCGGGAGCUAGUCAGUCUGUUAGUCAGUUAGUUAGUCGGUUAGAUAGGUGGCCAGUGAUCGGCAGUGGGAAAAUGUCGCAGAUUUUGCAGCUGGACGCCUUGGUCAUGGCCAUGGCCUGUCUUUCCACCACGCAAACGGAUCUGGGCGGAGGUCUGAUGGUGCCGCCCUCGCUGGAAAAUGCGAGCGCCAGUAGUUGUCCUGUUUCGGCCUUGAGUGGACUGACCACUCGCCUGCAGUCGCUGAGCAGGGAGAUAUCCGGCGUGAAGGACCAGAUAGGCAGUCUGCAAGAGCAGUUGGUGGAUCUGCGGAGGACAGGAGGUCCUCCGGCCGUGGCACUCGCCUCGCCCAGUGCCCUGGGCUCCCGACUAGACUUAAACCCCGACAGCCAGGACUUUGAGCCUCAAUUGCUGGCCAGUGGCGGUGCUCCACCUGCACCAAGUACGCCCGCAAAUUGCGUGAAACAGCAGCACGGAGUGGUGCUCAUCCGCCUGAGAUCGAAUGUGGAGCCCUUCUUCGUGUUCUGCGAUCAGAAGGUCAGAGGUGGUGGCUGGACCAUGGUGGUCAACCGGUACGACGGCAAGGAGGACUUCAAUCGCAAGUGGGCCGAGUACCAGUUCGGCUUUGGCACCCUCACCACCGAGUUCUUCAUUGGCCUGGACAAGCUGCACCAGAUCACCAGCAGCGACAACUACGAGCUGCUGGUCCAGCUGCAGAAUCGCAAGCAGGAGUUUCGCUACGCCCUCUACGAUCACUUCAGCAUCGGCAGCGAGUCGGAGCAGUACCGCCUGAAUGUGCUGGGCAAGUACCAGGGCGAUGCCGCCGACGCACUGCGUCAGCACGUGGGCAAGAAGUUCAGCACCCAGGAUCGGGACAACGAUGAGAGCGAGCUGAACUGCGCCGUGCAACAGUCGGCUGCCUUUUGGUACGGCGCCUCCUGCAAUCUCAGUAACCCCUUUGGACUUUUUCAACAACUUCUCGAAAGAGAUUAUGAUGGUUUCAAGGGCAUUUUGUGGCGCGGUUUUCUGGAUGGACCCAAGGGCUCUCUGAAAAUUUUCCGCAUGAUGGUGCGACCCCGCGCUAGUUAAUAAAUAAGUAUGUAGUUUAUUUCAUUGGUUACACCAGUCACACAUUAACAAAAUACCCAAAAGGCUUAUAAAAGAAAACAAAACAGAAAAAAAAACAAACAAAAUAUAAAAUAAAUUCGAUUUAGA